GUAUGGACUGUGUGCGAUCAUGGAAGAGGGAAGGAAGGCUGAAAGUCCGCCAUUUCAUCCAACAUCAUCCAUCUCUAACGUUCCACUCCAACCACACAACUUGAAGUUCACUGAAAUUGCACUUCAGAGAAUGUCACGAUUCGAUAACGCAAUCCGGCUCAAGCUUUAUCUGCCGUCUGAGAAGCACGUAUCGCCAAAUCUAGACGGCCCAACUCCAAAUCUCUUAUGCGGAGGUUUGUUUCUCGACCUUGCUGUACCGGCACCGCCUUCGAUUUUGAAGUCGUUGUCUGUAAAAUGUCGCCGGAGAACGGGGUUUCGCAGAGGAACCGGCAACGGGGAAUCAUUUCUAUCAGUGAGCUUAUCGGCAGGGGAUAGAAAAAGAGAUGUGGUUGAUGGGAGUCCUGGGGAAUGUUUGAGACCCAACGGUGAUAAGGUCGGCAGUGCAGUAGAAACCGGAAGUGGAGCUGCCUUGGAUCAGAAGCGAAUGAUGGAGUCUCGGAGACUUGGAGCUGUCAACACUACUAAACAUUUGUGGGCGGGAGCUGUUGCAGCUAUGAUAUCACGAUUCGGACUAAAUUGGUGGCACCAGACGGUGAAGCAAUGGGAGGUGUAAUUGGAGCUUUUCAUCAUGUGAUUCAAACAGAAGGGUUCUUUUCACUGUACAAGGGUCUACUACCCUCCAUUCUAAGCAUGGCCCCUUCAGCAGCAGUCUUUUAUGGUGUAUAUGAUAUAUUAAAAUCUAGUUAUCUGCGAUCGCCAGAAGGAAGGAAAAGAAUGCAGAGUUUGAUGCAAAGGGAUCAAGAAAGGAGUGCUUUUGAGCGACUAGAAAUAGGACCAAAGAGAACAUUACUGCAUGGUGCCAUUGCUGGUGCUUGUGCAGAAGUUGCUUCAUAUCCUUUUGAGGUUGUGAGAAAACAGCUUCAGUUGCAGGGGAGAGCACCCAAACUGGGUGCAUUGGCAAUCACUUCCAAGAUAGUUGAAAAGGGAGGCAUUCCUGCUCUUUAUGCUGGAUUGUUCCCCAGCUUACUACAGGAUAUAUUACAAAAAUGCAUUCUAAGUGUUGGUGAUGCUACGUGUUACAAGGAAGAAUUUACAAACCAAAAUCACAGCCGGAGCGAGAGUCUCUCUCUCAAGACUUCGGUACUCCUAGGGCUCGGCCGCUAGGGUUAGUAUCUCCGAUCUCGGAUCUUGGCCGAGGAUCGGUAAUCGCAUAGCAGAGAAGAAGAUUCGGGCGAAGAGGAAGUACAGGCGAUUCGAAGGGGCUGAGAGCGAGAACGUUGGUUCGGACGAAGAGAACACUGCAUGGAGGAUAUAGUUGCUUCGUACAGGAAGAUGUCGAUGAAGGAGCAGGACAAUGAACUUAAUUUUGACGAGGAGCCAGAGGCGGGCGGCGAGGAGGAGACGGAACCAACGAAUUUUCCGGUGGUUGGGGUUGUCAUCACCGACCGUAAGGCCAAGCUACCCGGGUUUCAAGAGUUGAUGACUUCUAUCUGGAAACCAGGGAAAGCUAUGUCUAUCAAAGAGAUCGAUGAAAGAAGGUAUCUGCUAAACUUUAAUCAUGUUUUGGAUAUGAACCGUGUGAUAGAGGAUGAUCCUUGGCUUUUUGAACGAGAUUUAAUAUUGUUAAAAGCUGUUCAACCAGAUGAUAUACCUGAAUCAAUGAACUUGUUUGAGGCUAGUUUUUGGGUACAGGUUCAUAAUGCCCCUAUAAAGUAUAGGAAUUUGAGAUCUGCCAGGAAAAUUGGUAAAUUUUAGGCUCAUUUAUUAAAUUUGAGAUGAGCCAUUUUGAUGGAAAGCAGAGUUCUUAUCUGCGAAUAAGGGUGUGUUUGGAUGUUCGCCAGCCUUUGAAAAAAGGUACCAAUUUGACACAGGAUGGGGUGAAACAUUGGGUAGAUUUUAAAUACGAAAAACUACCCAGUUUUUGCUUUAUUUGUGGUAUUAUCGAACAUUCUGACAAGUUCUGUCCAUUGAAGUAUGAAGAGGACUUUGUAGCUGAAAAAAUAUAUGGGGUGAGGCUUAGAGCAGGAGGAAGGGUGAAGACUAGCCCGACAGGAUUUAAUAAAUGGUUAUCUGAUGGAGCCUCUAGCUCAGAUGGAUAUGGAGGUCAACGGAAGUCUGAUCUCGGGGGAGAGUAUACGGCCGAGUCCAAGAUUAGCAAGCCAUCACCGCAUGAGAGUGAAGAUAGGGAAGAGACCCCUGGGGACCCAAAGCGCAGAAGGAUAUGGGAUGGUCAGACUGAAGAGGGUGCCAAUGGCGAAGGAAUGACUCUGGAUGGGCCAAAAAAUGGGGAGGGGGCGGGUCAGGUCUCCUAGACUCGUCGUGUCUUCGUUGGGUGGUGGCGGGGAAGAAAACUUGUAAUGGUGUUUUUAUUAUUGUCUGCUUUGGUUACUUUAAUUUAGGUUGCUUUAUUAUGUUUUUCUUUUGUGCUUUCAUUCCUUGUAAGACUCUUUCAUUAAGGUUGGGGGAAGGAAAGUCUGCGGUAACCGUCAUUGGCUUUAAGUUGCCCAAUUUUGGUCUAGCGAGUUAUACUACUUUUCUACAAGUGGUUAGCUCUCAGUCUCGGCCACGGGCGGAUGUUUAUUUGUGGUUCUUUUCUAGUUUUGUACCAUUGCUGAAUGCUAUUUUUAUGAAUUAAGCCUUCUUCGAGAAAAA